GGAGGAGAACAAGAGAAGGAAGGAGGAGGAGGAGGGGGGGGGCUCUGCCGUGCUGCUCCGCCUCUCCUCCUCCAGUGUCAGCCGCCGCGGUGCCGGGCUGGUCGUGGUGCUGCUGCUGCUGCCUUGCCUCUCCUGCUGCUGCCUCUGGGCCCUGCUCGCUUGCCUCCGGGAUGGCGGAGCUGGGGCUGCUGUGCGCCGAGCAGGGCGGGAGCCGGGCGGUGCGGGCCCCGCGGGACCCUCGGCUGCUGGAGGACGGGCGGGUGCUGCGGAACCUGCUCCGGCAGGAAGAGCGCUACAGCCCCCGCGCCUCCUCCCUGCAGUGCGUCCAGAGGGAGGUCCAGCCCCACAUGCGCCGCAUGCUGGCCUUCUGGAUGCUGGAGGUUUGUGAGGAGCAGAAGUGUGAAGAGGAGGUGUUUCCCUUGGCUAUGAAUUACGUCGAUCGCUACCUGUCCUGUGUCCCUACCCGCAAAAACCACUUGCAGCUUCUGGGAGCUGUCUGUAUGCUUCUGGCCUCCAAACUGCGAGAGACCACACCUCUAAGCGUGGAGAAACUCUGCAUCUACACAGACAAUUCCAUCACACCAUGCGAAGUUUGGGACUGGGAGUGUUUAGUUCUAGAGAAACUAAAGUGGGACCUAGUGUCAAUAAUAGCAAAUGACUUCCUGGAUCAUAUUCUCCAGCGACUGCCACUUCCCCAGGACAAGGUGGAUUUGGUGAAGAAACAUGCACAGACAUUCAUUGCAUUGUGUGCUACAGAUUACACAUUUACUAUGUACCCACCCUCCAUGAUUGCUACGGGCAGCAUUGGAGCAGCAGUCCAUGGCCUCUUUACCUCAUCCAAUGAUUUUUCUUAUGAGGCACUUACGGAGUUGCUCGCUAGUAUUACUGGCACAGAGGUGGACUGCUUGAAAGCUUGUCAGGAGCAGAUCGAGGCUGCCUUGGCCGAGAAUCUGAAGCAGAGCUCCCAACCCCAGCAAGAAUACAGUGACUCCAAGAAUGCCGCUUACCCUGACAGCCAGGAAGUCAGCCUCACCAGCACUCCUACGGAUGUCACCGACAUCAACCUGUGACCAAGCCUUCCCUGUGACCCACCCAGUUCCCAGCAAGUAGAACCUGAGGAUGCCUGAAACACUCUGCCUCUCUGCAUUGAUCUCUGAAGAACAAAGGAAGCAGGAGAGGAUUUCCCUGGUGGACGUCAUCUUUGUAAUAAGGCUGUGAUAAAAUUGGGUCAUAAGAGGAACUGGGGGGAAGGGUGGCUCUGACAGGAAAAGGCAUCUUGCAAAUAGGGCUAUUUCUGUCUUGCUAACCUGAUUUUCUUUGGAAUGGUUGGAACAUCAUUGGGAUUGGGAAGGAAGGGCAAGUUCAGAGCCUUUGUUCCAAUCAUUCUUCAGUUUGGGUUUGCUUUGUUGGUGGGGCGCUAUCGAUCACUGUGUUGUCCUGUUUCCGCAUGCCUGUUGCAUGCAUGUCAAGAAAUGUAGCGCACUUUUGUUACCUAAACAACUCACCUUCACCUUCUGUGAAGACAUUUGAAACAUUCACCUGAGACCUCCUUGGCUGAAACUGCUUUGCAACUGGUUAAAAAAAAAAAGACCAAGUGACAUGCUGGCUUCCUUUUCCAGCUUUGCUCAAUACUAAGGAAGUCUUAGUUCUCCUUUGAAGGUUAAUCGUAGGUUUGAAGGUUAAUAGUAGCACAAUUCUUUUAGCCUUUCAGUGGAAACAAGUGGGUUUGGGCUAGCUUUGUAAUGGUGCUUGUAAAGUGCUGCUUGCCAUAGGGAAAGACUGGGGACAGGGGGAGCAAUCUCCUCAUCACAGUGGGCUGAAGGGAUAAAUUCUACUUGUACCCGGUUACUUCCCCAGAACCCCUGAGCAACUUUAUUUAUUGUGUGGACUAAGUAUUAUAAAAUUGCAGAGUGAGGGAAGAGGCUUGGUAGUGUUUGUUAUCCUGGACUAUCUCUUCUUGAUGUCUAAAACUAGUGCCUUAAUGUUCGUCCUUAUUCUCCUUCAUACCUCUGGGUUGCUUAGUUUGACAGAUCAGUCAGUAUCAAGGUCAUUCCACAUUCAGAGUACACCCAAAAAGUGCUGCUAUACUUGUAUGUACAAAUCCCUCUGUGUCUUCACUGCCAAAAAGAGAGACAGAAAAGAGGCAGGAGAGCUACAUGCAAAGGAUGGAUGGAGAAGUGGGAGGAAAUCAAAGCUAUUGGAUUGCCUGCUUUUAUAACGGGGUAAAAGAUUAAUUUCUUUCCCCAAAAGAGUUUACAAUAUGAUGAGCUGCAGACUGCACUGGAGUUGAGAGUUAUAUUCUUGUUUGUUCAGGAAAAAAAAGGGUUUGUUUGUUUUCUUAAUGCUGCUUUUAUAAGAAAUCACUUUUGAGAAUUAUCAGGUAUGAGUGAACAGUAGUGAUGGGAAUAAACCGUCCAUUUUGAAUGCUAAUGGUAUUACCGUCUUCAGUGCUCCAGUUGGAAAAAAACAUGGACUGAUGCUACCUAGAACACCACUGGAGACCAUUACAUUUGCCUGCAAGAAAAAGGUGCUUUUUUGCCUUUUCUUUCCCCUCAUUGUGCUUAAGCCAGUUUAGUCAUAAAGUGCUACCAGCACAUCUGAUAAAUGGGAAGUUGGUAUCCUUUAGAAUUUCAUGGAAGUUUGGAAAUAAGGGGAAUGCAUUUUAUAGAUCCACUUGUAUCUGUAUCCAUAUAUUAGAGCUUUAAAGAAAGUUUGUCCAUAUUAUUCAUCAUCACUUUAAAUCUGAUUGUUCUGAAAACUCUUGAUAUUUUAUAAUAUUGCAAUAAAGGAUUUUUAAAAACUGUCA